AUGAACAAUCAGAACAGCCUGAGCCGUCAAAAUAAAAAUCAAAACAACGAUUGGAAAAAGAACGACAAUCAUCAGGGUUUCAGCCAGAACAGCAACAAUAAUUGGAACAAAAAGCAAAGCAAGCAGAAUAACCAAAAUAACUGGAACAACGAUAACGGUCAAAAUAAUAACAAUCAUCGGAACUACAACCAGCACACCAACCAAAAUAAAUGGAACAAAAAUAACACUCGAAAUAACAAUAAUAUUCGGAGUUACAGCCAAAUUGAUAAUAACAACAACAAUCUGAAUAUCAACAUUCGAAAUAGGGAUAAUAACUGGAAUGAUAACAACAAUAAUCGGAACCCUAGUAAGAAAAGAUUUCGGAUCAACAGCAAUGACUGGGUCAAGAGCAAUAAUCGGAACAAUCACAAUCAUAAAUGGAACAAAAAUGGCAACAAUAUCGAGAAUAACGAUAACCAGCACAAGAAGCGAAAAAAGAAGAACAUGAGGAACAACCAGAAUGGCCAGCAAAUUCAGACCCAGCAAGAUCUAGGCCCAUAUUCCCAACCUUUCCCUUAUGAUGAUUUCCAAGAUAUGGAUAUAGAUGGCGACGAUUAUUAUCUGGAUAACGUUGAAAUGAUUGACGCGCCUCCUCUGGAAGGUUACUUCCCGCAGUGCUACGCCUAUCCGCAACCCAUUGGUUACGGUCCCCGGCAUAAUUCCACUCUGCAUGCGGACUGGCAAGCACGACAGAAGAUGCAAAACAUUGCAGAAGGAGCUUUUCGCAUGCAAGAAAUUGCCUCUGUUAUGUAUCAAUAUUCUAUGAACCACGAUUGGAUCUGA